AUGGUUGUGGAAGAUGAAAUCGUCCAAACAAUACUUCAGUUUGUUGCUCUUCCAGUCAUAAUUGGGUUCUUAGUUGGAAUCAAUACGUUUUACUACCAACACUUAGUGACAAGACGAACUCAGGGACAAAGCAAUCGAACGGAAGAGCUUCAGCAUGCGAGGGUAACGUAUGAGAAUACCAUGUCAGAUAUGGAGAAUCUGUUUUCCCUCAUGAAAUACAGUGCCUGGAACAUCGCAUGGCGCAAAUCACGUCCAGCCGGAAUUUUUUCGCCAGAUCUACUGCGGGAUGACCAAGAAAACUGGCAGCGUUUUGAGGAAGCUCUGAGAGUUUGGCGACGCAACAAGAUUCGCUACAAGGCUGAGGUGGAAAUGUACUUUGGUAAGAAGGAAUCAGCAGCACGGCAGCUUCGAAUUAUUGAUGCUAUGAUGGAGAAGUAUUCAUAUGAACUUUGGCUGAUAUACAACGGCAUUCCAAAUAACCCGAAUGUAUUCCUGGAGCACUACGUUCAACCAAUCGAGGAAUCCUACAAUAGCAUCUUCAACUGUAUCAUGAAAGCGACCAGUCAAACGAUUACAAAAGAACAAGAAGAGAAUGUCCACCAAGUCACGAGCUCUACUUUUGAUGAUCUCGAAGAGAAGAUCAUCAAGUUUUGUCUGGAGAUGUCAGAGAGUCUUAAGAAAGAAAAUGUUGGAAACUUAAGAAGGGGGAGACUAUAUCGACAGGUCCGCUGA